AUGGCGCCUCCCACAGGCUUCCCCUUCCCACACCCAACAUGGCGCCUCCCACUGGCUUCCUCUGCCCACACCCAACAUGGCGUCUCCAAUCUUCUCCUUGCCCGCACCCAACAUGGCGCCUCCCGCGCCUUCCGCCCUUCCCCGCCGCGCAUGCGCAGCGCCAAGGGCACGAUGGCGGCGCUGCGGGCGCUGUGGCGGCUCCGCGGCCCCGCGGGGCUGAGGGCGGUGGGGCCCCGCUUGGGCCCGGCCCCUGCCCGAUCGCGGCAAUGGCAGCCCGACGUGGAGUGGGCGCAGCAAUUCGCCGGCGCCGUCAUGUACCCGAGCAAGGAGACCGAGAAAUGGGUCCCGCCGCCCUGGAACGACAAAGACCCCGUGGCCCACAAGAAGGUCGCCAGCCUGACCAUCAACUUCGGGCCCCAGCACCCGGCGGCUCACGGGGUCCUGCGGCUGGUGAUGGAGCUGAGUGGGGAGACGGUGAAACGCUGUGACCCCCACGUGGGGCUGCUGCACAGGGGCACUGAGAAGCUCAUCGAGUACAAAACCUACCUGCAGGCUCUUCCUUACUUCGACCGCCUGGACUACGUGUCCAUGAUGUGCAACGAGCAGUGCUAUUCCCUGGCCGUGGAGAAGCUGCUCAACAUCCGGCCCCCUCCGCGGGCCCAGUGGAUCCGAGUUCUGUUCGCGGAGAUCACGCGGCUGCUCAACCACAUCAUGGCGGUGACGACGCACGCGCUGGACAUCGGGGCCAUGACCCCCUUCUUCUGGAUGUUUGAGGAGAGGGAGAAGAUGUUCGAGUUCUACGAGCGGGUGUCGGGGGCACGGAUGCACGCGGCCUACAUCCGCCCCGGGGGGGUGCACCAGGACCUGCCCCUGGGGCUCAUGGACGACAUCUACGAGUUCGUGAAGAACUUCUCCAUCCGGAUCGACGAGGUGGAGGAGAUGCUCACCAACAACCGCAUCUGGAAGAACCGCACCGUGGACAUCGGGGUGAUCACGGCCGAGGAGGCCCUGAACUACGGCUUCAGCGGGGUGAUGCUCCGGGGCUCCGGGAUCCACUGGGACCUGAGGAAGACGCAGCCCUACGACGUCUACGACCAGGUGGAGUUCGACGUCCCCAUCGGCUCCCGGGGGGACUGCUACGACAGGUGAGGGCAUAGGGCAGGGCACGGGGACAGGGGAGG